AUGAAGAAAAAGGCGUACAUUCGGGAUGCAUCAAUAACUGGGCUUUUUGUGCUGUCGUGGUAUAUCUUUGCGACCAUCUUAUCCGUCUACAACAAGUGGAUGUUCACGCCCGAGUACUACAACUUCCCCUACCCCUUGUUCGUCACCAUGAUCCAUCAAAUCGUUCAGUUCGGAUUGGCCUUUGCAAUUCGAAGGAUAUGGCCCUCUCUCCGACCCAAGGAGAAGCCGAACAGAUCCGAUUAUUCCACAAAGGUGAUUCCGACAGCAAUAACGACCGGGCUGGACAUUGGGCUUUCCAAUUUGAGCCUGAAGACAGUCACGUUGACGCUAUACACCAUGUGCAAAUCCUCGACGCUCAUCUUCGUCUUGAUGUUCGCCUUCCUCUUCCGACUCGAAGCCUACUCAAUCCGUCUCAUCCUCGUCAUUUCGUGCAUCUCGGUCGGAGUCUUCCUCAUGGUAUUCAACGCGACUACCGUGUCUAUCCCGGGAAUCAUCAUGAUCUUUACCGCCUCCGCUAUGGCCGGACUUCGAUGGGCCUUGACUCAAUUGGCGAUGCAUAAAAAGGAGAUGGGAAUGACGAAUCCCUUUGCUACCAUCUUCUGGUUGGCUCCCGUUAUGGCCGUCACGCUGGCGAUUGUCAGUCUUAUUUUUGAAGGCUGGAUUGUAGUGUUUUCCGGCCCGUACUUUGAAGGCUUCAAGGCGAUCCAAACCAUGGCGCUCAUAACACUGCCUGGAGCAGUGGCAUUUGCCAUGGUCGCAAGCGAAUACUACAUCAUACAACGGGCUGGUAUCGUUCCGCUAUCGAUCGCCGGCAUCUUCAAGGAGGUCUCUACCAUCGCCCUCUCUUCGUGGGUCUUUGGCGACCAGUUGACUCGGCUUAACGAGGUCGGGGUGGUUAUCACUAUAUGCGGUAUCGCGACGUAUUCCUACCACAAGUACCACAAAUCGGUACACGGCGAGGCCGAAUCGCACGGGGCUUCCCCAGCGCACGCAGAAGACGGUUUUGUCCCUCUUGUCGGGGCGGAAGACGGCGUCAUCGGCGACGCAGACGAAAGACGGCAUCAUCGAGAAAACCGGGAGAUGUACGUGCUCGGGGACGAAGACGAGGAGGAGGAUGAGGACGAGCAUCGUGAACGUGCUUCGACUUCCAGCGGUCGAAGAAAGGCAAAGGCCAGUGACGAUUUUGACGAGGCAUUGUUGAGGCGGACAUGA